AUGGCGCGGUCCUCCCUGGCAGGUGCUGCUGGCGACCGCCAGCCGACAAAACCCUGGGAGGCAGGCACGCGACUGUGUGACCCGCCCCAGCAGAAGUCAGUUGCCCUCACUGGCCACCAAAGCCCCGGAGGUGUGCGUGUGGCUGGUAGGAAUCUUUCCACAUACAGCUUUACAAAGGUCCCUUUCAGAGAUGCAGCCAGAGACUCUGAGGACCUUCUUGGUGUGAUAGUGCAAGCAGGGCAAAAGACGGUGUUGCCCGCUCCCCAGAGUGAUCCAGCCCUGAGUUCCCAGCUCUGGGCUGCUGGUUUCCACCCCGUGUCACGGCCACCCUGGCAGCAUGCACUGAGCACGGAUUCAGCCCCAGGUUCCCUGCGUGCUGCUGGUUGGCUGCCUGUGCUCGGACAACCUGGCGGCAUUCUCCGAGUACUGAUACAGCCCUGGGCUCCCUGCACGGCUGCUGGUUUGCUCCCAGUGCCCCGGCAACCCAGGAGAGCCAUCAGUAAGUUCAGGCUUCAGAAGAGGCUUGCCUCUAGUGUCCUCCAUUGUGGCAAAAAGAAGGUCUGGUUGAACUCCAAUAAGAUUAAUGAAAUAGCCACUGCCACCUCCUGUCAGCAGAUCCAGAAGCUGAUCAAAGAUGGGUUGAUUAUCCACAAGCCCAUGACUGUCCAUUCCCAAGCUCCAUGCUGGAAAAACACCUUAGCCCGCCAGAAGGGCAGGCAUAUGGACAUAGGUAAGCGGAAGGGUACAGGCAAUGAAAGAAUUCCUGAUAAAGUGACCUGGGUGAGGAGGAUGAGGAUUCUGCAUCGGCUGAUGAGAAGAUACCAAGAAUCUAAGAAGAUUGACCACCACAUGUAUCACAGCCUAUACCUGAAGGUGAAGGGGAAUGUGUUCAAAAACAAGCAGAUUCUCAUGGAAUACAUCCACAAGCUGAAAGCAGAUAAGGCUCACAAGAAGCUCCUAGCUGAACAGGCUGAAGCCCGCAGGUCCAAGACCAAGAAAGCACGUAAGCAUCAUGAAGAACACCUCCAGGUCAAGAAGGAGGAGAUCAUCAAGACUCUGUCCAAAGAGGAAGAGACCAAGAAGUAGAACUCUCCCCCUCUUGUCUGUAAAUAG